CAGCAGCGCGCCAGCGCCGCGUGCAGGCACGCUUCUGGUGUGUAAAGACACAGAAAACGCAAAGCAAGACACCACGCUUCUGGCACGCAGCCGAGACGCCACGAAUCCAGUGUGUCACCGGCCUGAGAAUGUUAUUGCUUCGUUGGACCAAACGUGCUCCAUGAGAUGUCGUUCAGUGGACCCUUACCUUUCUAACUAAACCGGGAUUUACAGCUGUGGAUGUGUUUAUGACUCGUUAUUACGACGGAUCUGGAACAACAUUUGUUCAAAGCUCAUCAAACAAAAGCAGAAAGAAUCUUGAAUCGCCUGAAAUGAACAUGAGAGUUUUCUACAAGAGUCUGUUAUCUUUACUGGGCUUUUUCUCAGUUCAGAUGAAAGCAGAAACAGAAGUGAACGUAGCAAGUUGGGGAACAGCCGUUCAGUCGAAAACAUUUAACAACUUUGGUGCCCAAAACGCUGUGGAUGGGUCAAACGACGUCUGUUCUGGUACAAAAAAAAUAAAUAACCCCUGGUGGAAGCUGGAUCUGAAGAAGACGUACACUGUGAACAGAGUGACCAUCACUAACAGAAUCUGUCAAAGAGGGAACUGUGAAAACUGGAUAAACGGGGCAGUGAUUCGGAUUGGAAACGAUUCUUCAGUUUUUGGCAACCCAGUAUGUGCUACAGUUUCCUCUAUUCCAGCAGGAGCAACCAACAGCUUCUCGUGUCCUGGGAUGAAGGGACGCUAUGUGACUGUGAAUAUUCCUGGGAAUUCAAAGGUUCUUACUUUCUGUGAAGUGGGAGUCUAUGUGAAUUUUACAGAUGGAACCUUGCCCUCACCCACUCUUCCGGAGGACGUUCCCACAGCUUCCCCAGGGUAUAUACCCACAGCUUUUCUUGAGGACGUUCCCACAGCUUCCCGAGAGGAAGUUCCAACAGCUUUUUCUGAGGACGUUUCCACAGAUCUUCCCGAGGACGGUUCCACAGAUCUUCCCGAGGACGGUUCCACAGAUCUUCCCGAGGACGGUUCAACAGAUCUUCCCGAGGACGGUUCCACAGAUCUUCCCGAGGACGGUUCCACAGAUCUUCCCGAGGACGGUUCCACAGAUCUUCCCGAGGACGGUUCCACAGAUCUUCCCGAGGACGGUUCAACAGAUCUUCCCGAGGACGGUUCCACAGAUCUUCCCGAGGAUGGUUCCACAGAUCUUCCCGAGGACGGUUCCACAGAUCUUCCCGAGGACGUUCCCACAGAUCUUCCCGAAAACGUUUCCACAGAUCUUCUCCCAGAUGAAGGAGGUCCCGAUUCCCAAGAAGACUCCUGUGAAGAUGAAACUUAAGCUUGAGUCUGUCUGAAUCUCUAGCUCCUGUCACAGCUUCACUGUGCUCUGGCAAAACGAGGGAUUUCUGACGUGAAGAGAGAUGAUGAUGAUGAUGACAUUCCUCAAUGUUGAUCACAAUAAAGUUGUAUGUGAAAAUUUAAACUGAU